GAAACAGAUCAGUUUGCUAAAUAUAUGGCAAUUGCGAUGGUGAAUAAAUUAGAUGAAUGUUGGAUCUCACCUCAACCUGGAUUGUGGGUAGUAUAUGCUUCACAGUAUAUACCUAGCAUCUUCACUUGGUAAGAAUGAUCAUAUUUCUUCUAACUUAAUUAAAACUGAUUUCCAUUUGUGUUUCCAUUUCAUAUUAUAAUACUAAUUAUCUCAAAACCAAGACAUUAAAUCAUACAGAAGGCUGGAUGCUGUCCUUUUGUUCACAUUUAAUAUAAAUGGAUUUAAAUUUUUUGGUCAGUAAUAUGCAGGUAGGAACAAUGUUUAAUUAGAAAGUGGCCUUUGCCAAUGUAUAUACACCAUAGUAAAUUGUUAAUGUCAGAAGUACUACACUUUUGUUAGACAAGGUAAAGGAUGUAGUGGUGUUUCAUUUGUUGGUGGGCGCUGCUCUGACACACUGUUUACUAGUGUUUAGAAGGAUUGCAAUUUACAAACUGUUCAGUUUUAGUGUUAGGGAAACCGCUGUGUUGCAAAUGGAAAAGGCCGUAAGCAGCAGAGAGGAAGAGGGGGAAGGAAGCAGAAGCAACUGUCCCACAGAGAAAAUAUAAAUUACUAAUAUUAUAAUGUUAUUAUAAAUUAGUAUUAUUAAACCAAAUGGUGCUUAUAAUCUUGUUUCUGUAUCGACCGACCAUAUAUAGGCAUACAGCUAACUGAUAUGGCUUUGAAUGUAUUCACCUUUCGGUAUUUAUUUCAGUUUUAGAAAUUCAUGCUCACUGGUGAAAAAAUCUCGUGUACGGCCGUGGGUGUGGUUGCAGCGUUCUUAAUCCUCCAGCAAUUAAAUACAAUAUUCACAAUUUUGUUAUUGGAGUCAUACCACUUUAUUUUGUUGUUAGGUUAUAUAAAAGAUAUGGUCUCCGACAUAUGAAGAAACUGCGCCAUAAUGAAGGUAAUGUUCCCGACAUAUCGUGGCAUGAAAAUGUAUCCUGAUGAUCAUUUACAUAAUAUUUCAAAUACCGUAGAGUUCCAAAUAUAAGUCCAUCCGAAUAAAGCCCCGAAAUAAGCAGGCUAUAGUGACUAACCUUCACGCCAUUCCGAAUAUAACCCCUCCCCCCGAAUAUAAGCCCCUCCGCGCAUAAGCCCAUGGGCGUAUUAUUGGACAACAACUCAG